UAAUAGGUUUCUUCACAGCCCAAGCCUUUCUCCAGGGGAGAAAGCAGAUUCAACCCAUUCUGCAAAAUUUAGGAAUUGGAUAGUUUGAAUAUUUUUAUUUAUAGAGCAAAAGGAAUCUCAUUCCUUUUUGCAGCUUAAAUACCUAAAAUCAACCAUGUAUCAGAGAGUGAAGCAGAGAGAAGUAGGAAGAAGAUGGGCUUAUUGCAUGGCCAGAAGCCAGAAAUUCCUGCUUUUUAUUCCCUUGGCCAACAAUUGCUCCCUGGAUUGCUUUACACAGGAGAUUUUUUCACCUAUGAUACUGUUUUUAGAAUACCAGAAGAUUACGACCAGUAUCUUCCACGAUGUGACAGAAAACACGCAAAGGCUCGUGGCCUUAAAAUUAAUGAGGAGGAAAUGGCAAGAACUGUUCCUGUGCUGACAUCUUCAGAGUAUGGGAAGCGCAUCCAUGAGCCCUUAGACCCAGCAACCGGAGAGCAUGCGAGGGUUUAUAGCGUUUACGCAGCAAUCUAUGGGGAAGGCAGCCGCACUGCUCAGUGAAAAAGCCUUCUACAGGCCUGCAUCCAUGGGAAAUCUCUUGUAUCUGUCACUGCCAGCAACAUUUAUCUGGGGAAAAAACAUAACACUUUGAAGAGCAAUAUGGUGCUUUUUGCCUUUUCCUCUACAUUUUAUUUAAUGAGAAUGAUAUGGAUUAAAAAUAGGGUGAAAUAGCAGCUGCACUUUUUUUCUCAUGCUAAUUAAAAUGCAUGCCUUCUUACAUUCUCAUUAAAAUCUCAAGAAGAACAUUUUAGAACAUUUUAGGCAGCAACGCUGGGAAUAAGAACUAUUGGGUCAAAGGCUCUGUCUGCAAUUCUGGGAACUGCAUCUACCUAACCAUUCACAGACAUAUCAUUUUAAACAAGUUUGUCCAUCAAGGUAUCAGUAGUCACAGAUUUUUCAAUCCUUACAGAGUUUCUAGAGAAUUGUGAGACAUUGUUUUAUGUACACAACAGCUGAAAUGGAUAUUCAACUCAGAAUUUUCAAAAAUGUAUAGGCUUACGUGCUUAGCAGUUUCACUAGACUUCACGUGGAACUUGAGUUAAAAGGAGCUUCUGAGCACUUAGUAUUUGGAAGAGACAAAAUCUGGGUUUAGCUGAAUUCAUACAUUCAUUUCAUUCCAGGAAUGGCAUCUUACUGAUUUAACAAGAAAAAUCAUCAUUGGUUCUGUAUCCAAUCUGACAAAAAUGGGAAAAAAGAUUUAAGUAUUACUAGCAGUACAAGCACCAAAUAAUUUGGUAGAAAGGGUGAAAAAAAUAUAAGGAUUUGAGCAGUAGCCAUUUAAAAAGAAUGUUUAGCACAAAUGUCUAAAUCUGAUUAAAUAUUUGAUACCUUGUACUUUCAUAAAUACUUGAUACCUUGUACAUAAACAUUUGAUACCAGUACUAAAAUUUUAAGGUAACUUCAGGAGGAGUUUCUCCUGCAGAGUAUGCAUCUGUUUGGUUCUCAAGAGCUGUUCAUCCUGUUCUUGUUUAAAGCUGAGACAGUAUUGUUCAGAAGGAACAGCCUGAGUGAUCAUACCAGAAAAAGGACUGUAAGUCCACAGCUGUGACUGACACAGUUUUUGUCAGGUAUUUAGACACAGGAAAACUGUGUCAUUUGUAAAUACAGUGAGAAACCUAGUGAAAAAAAAAGAGAAACAAAACCUUCUAAAUCUGGGACCUGAAAAAGUAGUAAAUUAGGCAGUCAAUAGCCCUUGUUUGGCUAUGAUGUGAGAAGCAGAGCACACAGAGCAGCCCAUUCUGAGAGGUGUUUGUUACUUUCAUUAUUCAUGACCUGCAGCUCUUCUACACUCAAUACACUAUGGACAAAAUGACAUUAAUGGCUACAUUCCUUUUCAAAAUAAACACUUCACUAAACAAACUUAGUAGCAUUAAAUGAAAGGAAUCAUAGUAAGAACAAAGGGAGAAGGAACUGUUUUCUAAUACCACAAUGCUUUUCCAAAAAUCAGUAUUGAAGUUAUUAUUAGUGAAGAAUGAGAUGGAAUGUGGCUAUAUUCUUAGCAGGUUAUUUUUACUUUGGGACAGUCAGUACAAAUUGCUUUUUUUAAGUAGCCUUACUAUAUUUACAAACCAUCUGUGUUUGAAAAAUUAUUUGAAAUCAAAUUUAUUUGAGAAUACCACCACCUUCUGGUCUAUGUGAGAAAUAGCAUCACUUCCACCGCAGAGGAAGUCCAACAUCAAAAGACCAGUUUGAGUUUUCCUAUCUCGUUUCUUUGUGAUGUCACACCCUUAUCAUCUGUACUCACUUUUUAAGGUCUUUCACAGGUUGUUCCUCCCACUACUUGUUUCUCGUUCAGUUCUGAAUGGUUCACUUCUUCCUUCAGUGCUCAAUGUCAGAAGAACACCCUGACAAUUUCUUCUGUAUUAGUGGUAAAUUCCUUAUAAACGUUUGCAAAGCCAUUUCAACUCUCCUUCAAUUUCUCACUUGCAAGAAUGACAAAUUCUUAGGUUAUUGAUGUUCUGAGCUUACUAUUACACAUUGGAAAGCAACUUUUGGCAUUCUCUCACCUGUCAAUGUUGACAUACUACUUUGAGGAAGAGUUUUAUACAUGCAACAAAUUAACACAAACAGAAUGGACAGUGUAUACAAUGUAAAGCAUAUUCUGGAUCUGGAUUUUGCAUCAAGUAAUCUCCAGAGAUUUUUGGGGCAAUUGACAGACACCUGCAACUCACAAAUUAUUGGAAGGAAAAACUGGCCACAUUCUCUAUCUACUGGUGAAAUAUACAUAAUGCCAAUGAUGUGAAAGUUUACCCUUUUUGUAUCAAAACAACAGCGAAAAUCAAACUAGGUUAUCCUGGGAAUUCUGCUUUGCUACUCAUAAAUAGUAAUUCCACACCGAGAGGAAGCACAAGCUAAUGAGCAUGUGUUACAUGGCCGUUCAUCAAGAAUACAUGAUGUAAUCAGAACUAAAACUCUCCUGUUUUCCCUUCAUCAUUUGCAAAGCAAUGAACUGACCCAAGUUAGGGCACUUGUUCUGGCUGAAAUGGGUAUUGGUUCUGGUUCUCAGUUCCAGAAUUUCUGUUCAUAAAUAAAAAAGGGCUGUCAUGGGACAUGGUUCUUCUGAGCUUCAGAGCAUAGUUUAUGUAACCCAGAGGAACCCUGGAGUGCAUACAUGACCCCAUUUAGACAGUUUAGCUAAAACUGCCACCAAAGGCAAAACUACAAAUAGAAUACAUCUGGAACAUUGGGCAGCCCCAUAGAGACAGUUGUACAAGUCCAUUAUCCUGUGGCAGCUGUUACUUUACAAAGUAAAGCAAAUACUUUUUAUUAAAAAUGCUCUCAUUUUCUGUAAGGCAUCGCUAUUUAUUGAACAGCACUCUGCAUCUCUUCAGUAAAACCAAUAAACCAAUACUGCUUCUGCAAUUACUUCAAA